AUGGGUAUGUGUCAAUCUCAAGAAGAGAAAGAAUUAGCUCAAAAGAGCAAAGCGAUUGAUAAGGAGAUGAUGCAGGGACAUAUAGCUCAACAGAAAGUUGUCAAACUCCUAUUACUAGGAGCUGGUGAAUGUGGAAAGAGCACAGUGUUGAAACAGAUGAGGAUUUUACACGCUCAUGGCUUUUCCCAAGAAGAGUCAGAUCAACAACGUGGAGUUGUUUAUAACAAUACAGUUCAAGCGAUGGCUCAGAUCUUACGAGCCAUGAACACGUUGAACAUUCCCUUCUCUAACCCGGCGCUUGAAUCAGAAGCACGUGUAGUAUUGGAUACUGUAAAAGCUGGAAAAGAAACAGAACCAUUCUCGCCAGAGUUGGCAAAAGCCAUGAAAGGACUAUGGGCAGAUAAGGGAGUUUCUCAAGAAGCUGUCAAUCGUGGAAAUGAAUUUCAAUUUACCGAAAGUGGAGUUCACUUUCUAUCAUCAAUAGAUCGAAUUGCUUCUCCAGAUUAUAAGCCAACAGAGCAAGAUAUACUGCUAUCACGUAUCAAAACUACUGGAAUAGUAGAAGUCAAGUUUCAAAUGAAGAAUGUUGACUUCAGAGUAUUCGAUGUUGGUGGACAAAGAUCUGAACGAAAGAAGUGGAUUCAUUGUUUUGAAGAUGUUAACGCAAUCAUCUUCAUUGCUGCCAUAUCAGAAUAUGAUCAAGUAUUGUUUGAGGAUGAAACAACGAAUCGAAUGGUUGAAUCAAUGAGAUUAUUUGAAUCCAUAUGUAAUAGUCGAUGGUUUAUCAAUACAUCCAUGAUUCUUUUCUUAAAUAAGAAAGAUCUUUUUGCUGAAAAAAUCAAGAGAACAAACAUUACAGCAGCUUUUCCUGAUUACAAAGGAGAACAAACAUAUGAAGCAGCUACUAAAUACAUAGAAGAAAAAUUUGAAGGACUUAAUGCUAAUCCAGAAAAAACUAUUUAUAUGCAUCAGACAUGUGCUACGGAUACAAAUCAAGUACAAAUGAUAUUGGAUAGUGUAAUUGAUAUGAUUAUACAAGCUAAUUUACAAGGAUGUGGUCUUUAUUAG